GUUUUUGGUCGUUAUUUCGUUAGCCAACAUAUGUUGUCAUAUGUAGGCUAGCUGAAGACAAUGUUCAAAAAUAAUUAUCAGGGUGGAGCUGUAGUGGAAGUGUUCAGUGCGCAGGGAAAUAACCCUGUCGCUAAAUGGAAACUUCAGGGAGCUCCAGCUUCUAUAAAGAAAAUUUUUGAUAAAGAAGUGAAAGGAUUUGUUUACUGUGUGGAAGGCAGCAGCCAAACAGUUAAAAUGCUAAUUCCAGAGGACGGCAAAACAACCCUUGGACUCCUUCAACGAUUCCUAGUUCUUCAGGUGAAUAUUCCUGAAUGCAGAGACUUUUCCAUUGAGCUCAUAAUAAGCGAUUCAACACAUCUCAAAAAGAGACUAUAUUUCUCAACGGUGCAUAAAGAAUUCUCCGCUACACCUCUGCAUGCAAGGAUACCUUUUGUCUCACUGAAACAAAACAUUUGGAGCAAUUUGUGCAUCGACCUUGUGUCCUUUACGGCCGAGCUGUUCAAGACGGCUGUCUUUCGGACCCUGGAUAGCAUCGCCGUGUGUGCCAACUGUAAAAUACGGAGGAUCUUCACCAUGAAAACAGAGGCGACAGACACCUCCGACGACAGCCUUUUCAGUGAGCUUGGCCUGGGGGAGGUGAUCCCACGUAGCUGCCGGUUCCCACAAGACGUCUGCCACGUGACCCAGGUGUUCAGCAUGGAGGGGGCGCGGCAGACGGCAGCCACUAAACUCCUGAACUCCGACUCUGGUCGACACAACUCCCCGGCUUCAGCAGGUGGGUCAGCCGUGUCCCGGAAACACUCCUCUGCGUCCCACGUAGCCUUCGGCACCCGGGUCUCGCGGCCCCCUCCUCCCCCUCUUCCUCCUCCUCAUCCUCAACAUGCCAGGAAGAGAAGCAGAUCCCGAGAGGAGAUGCACGCGAGGGGCUCCGAACUCAGCCUUCUGCCAAGCCAAGGCCAGACCGCCAGAGACAUAAGUGUGAGGUUGUCAGACGCCACUCCUUGCGAUACCAAAAACGCCUUUGAGGACGAGGUAAUAGGCAUGACGGGCGGCCUGCAGCCCCACCCCCCACAGGACAGAGCACUUGGCAGACAAAAGCUGCGGCUUCCUACCGCUGGAUGGAAAAAAACCCUGUCGUCAGUGUGCUUCGCGGCGCUGUGUGCAUAUGGUUCACCGGACUCCCUGGUUCUGGGUCAGCAGCCACAGGGUCUGGCUCCUUCGGCAAGAGCGAUGAUGACGAUGAUGAGGGUGACGAAGGGUGCGAGCCCCAGCUCGUUCUCGGAGGGGGGGGGGGGGGAGGAAGAGGCGGAGGUGUUCAGGUUCACGUCUCCCCCUCACUCGGCCCGGCGGGGCCAGGGAGGUGUUGACCAGGGGCCGAUGCAGACGAAGCGGGGCCCCGAGCUGCUGAUUGAAACCCGCAGGCCCCGACUCUCCUAUUCCCUCCUGCUCAUCACCAUCAUCAUCAUCGUCAUCAUCAUCGUCUUCGUCACCUGGUACAGGGAAGUGGUGGUAACCAUAGAGACGGCAGUAACCAGGGACACGCUGGUAACCAGGUACACAGUGUCAACCAGGGACCCGGUGUCAACCAGGUACAGGGUGGUAACCAGGUACAGGGUGGUAACCAGGGACAGGGUGGUAACCAGGGACACGGUGGUAACCAGGGACAGGGUGGUAACCAGGGACGCGGUGGUAACCAGGGACGCGUUGGUAACCAGGGAGGCGGUGGUAACCAGGGACACAGUGGUAACCAGGGACACGUUGGUAACCAGGGACAGGGUGGUAACCAGGGACACGGUGGUAACCAGGGACGGGGUGGUAACCAGGGACGCGGUAGUAACCAGGGAGGCGGUGGUAACCAGGGACACGGUGGUAACCAGGGACACAAUGGUAACCAGGGACACGGUGGUAACCAGGGACACGGUGGCAACCAGGGACAAGGUGGUAACCAGGGACUCGGUGGUAACCAGAAGCAUGGUGGUAACCAGGGACGCGGUGGUAACCAGGGACGCGGUGGUAACCAGGGAGGCGGUGGUAACCAGGGACAGCUCUGUCCCGUGGGUGAUGGCCAGGCCCAGGAGCACCAGAGGAGCACAGCGUCGCUCUGCAGGAGUUCUCUCCGUGAAGUCCUCCCCGGAGAACUGGUGCAGCACAAGUCUGCGCCGGGGGAGCGAGGAGCGCGGCGACGACGGGGAGGAGGGGGGGGGGGCGGGCCCCGGGCCCCGGGGCCUCAGUGCCUCCCAGAUCCACCGCUGUGGCGUCAGCAUCAGCAUCAGCAGUGACGACGCCUCCUCCUUCUCCGGCGCCCCCCCUCCUGCGCAGGGCUUCUACUACCAGAAGGAGAUGACCCCCCUCAGGUCCUCAAACCCAAGGGAAUGGAUGGAUGUUAUUAGUCCCCCCAUUUUCCCGGGAAGACGGCACGAGAAGACAGGGAGUGUGCAGCACCAUCACCGCAAUUUAAUCAGAGGCACAUAG